UGGCUCCGGUGACGUCAGGACGCGACCUGUCUCAGCCCUCAAGUCACAUGAGACGUUUCGUCUGCUAAAUGUUUAGUUUCUUCACGUUUCACUGAUUUCUCUGCUUGAAACAUCUUCCUCGAAGUGAAAGUGAAACAGGAGCCGUCGUGGAACCAACAUGGACGAGGACGGGCUUCCGAUCGUGGGCUCCGGCGUGGAUCUGACCAAGGUUCCUGCCAUCCAACAGAGAAGAAUCGUUGCCUACCUGAAUCAGUUUGUUGUGCAUACGGUUCGAUUCCUGAACCGCUUCUCCACAGUCUGCGAAGAGAAACUUGCAAACAUAUCUCUUCGCAUCCAGCAGAUUGAAACCACUCUGUCUAUUUUGGAAGCCAAGCUGUCUUCCAUUCCUGGCCUGGAGGACGUGACAAUCGAGGGAGUCGGUCAGCAGCCGCUGCCGCAGCCAACUGUUCAGGCUAACGGGCCGACUGCUGCCUCUCAGAGCCAAGUCAGUGCUCCACUGGCAGAGACGCGGCCACCCCUACAGCCCAUUCAGACUGUGCAAGAAGCUGUUCCGACGCAGACACCGGUUCCAGAAGCAGCUGCAGAAAAUGUCCUGACGGUGGCCAAGGACCCACGUUACGCCCGAUACCUGAAAAUGGUGCAAGUGGGUGUUCCAGUUAUGGCCAUACGGAACAAAAUGGUCCUGGAGGGUUUAGAUUCCAGCUUGCUUGACACGCCGGACGCCCCGGUUCCCGACGGAGGAGCGAGGAGCGCCGAUGAUCCGGAUGUUGCCGCGAUCAGCUCCGACAGCGAAUCCUCUUUCAGCGACUGACAUCUUCCUCUACGUCCUCCUCACUGCAAAGCUCUCCUGCGAAGACGCCUUACAUCGCUGUGUGAGGUUCAGAACUGUACUAGCACGAGGAUACAGAAGGAGCAGAUGUCGGUGCCUGGAGACGUGUCCCGAGUGAUUGUGAUUUCAGUCUGAAUGAACUGGAAGGGCCGCUCGGACCUCCUCGAUACGUGGUUUGAUUCCUCAAGAGCAUUUUUGAUUAACAAUUGUUGUUUCCAACUCAGAGAGAACAAGUUCCCUCUUUGAUAAUGAACCCUGUGGUCCUCAGAACAUGGCAGUAGCAAGUCGUUUUUCGAGGAGUAGUUAAAACUGGAGGUUUUCUGUGAUAGUGACGUUUCUAUCACAGUCAUCACUUGAUAGUUCUUGCUGUUCUUGUUACAGGGUCCAGACAACAUUUUAAAAUAUAUAUUGGAGAUUUGACUGAUUAAAGGCUGCUCAUAUUAUUAUUCUAAUUUUGGAUAUUACUUGAAAAAGUUGACAUGCUCCAAUAUUCAUAAAAGCCAUCACUUUCCUGACUGCCCAUAGCUGCAGCUCCCUUUUUCAGCCACUUUGGAUUUAGCUCAUGCUUCUUUAAGUGCCCCCCCCCCUCCCUCCUGACGAUCAAAAUGUAAAAUGUGGUGAAUCGAGUCAAACGACAUUACGAUGGUGCAGAAGUAUCGGCCAAUCUACUGAUGAGGUGUUUCAGAAACUCCAGUGUUUUCUGUGGAGGAGAGAAGCUCCUGUUACCACAGACUCUCUGGUGCUUUCACUUUGCAGAACUUUUAUAAAAACCCUAUUUAACACACAAGAGGAAGAAAAAAGCAUCUUAUGUCUCUUUUAGUCCUUUCCUUUGCUAAUCGCUGAGUUAAUGUCAGGGUGAGAAAAACUCAAAUGAAUGUUGUUACAGGAUCAGUCCUCUGCUUAUCUUUAAACCUGCUCGGUAAGGUUUGGUUUGGCUUCAGUGACGUUAGCAUUUUUGGCUGGAAUUCCGAUUGCUUGAAACACUGAUACUCUAAAUAAGUGCACAAGCAGUAAAUUACAUGAUACGCCAGUAAACAAUACAUGGCUCAUCACAGUUAACAAGCUGCACUUGAAGAAUAAUGUGUUUCAAGUGUUUUACCCUGAUUUACUGCAGCAUAGAAAGUGACCAUGUUGAAAAAGAGCUUGUGUAGAUUCAGUGUAAGGUCACUGUUGCUUCGAAUUUAUUAACCUAGACAAAAUGAGUAGCUUUGGAAAGUAUGCAGACUAUAUAAAGAUAGAGAAAUGGCAACUCCUUAAAAGUGACGCCAAUGCUUCACAUUCGCCCCCUGGUGGCUGGCCUCUGCAUAGGUGCAUAACUGUCACGCCAAUACCUUCAGUUGGCGAUAACUGGAAAUAUUUUGUUGUGUCUCUGUUUAAGAUUCGUCCAUAACUAACAUUUUUCCAUUGUAAUGCCUAUCGAGCCCGUAGAUUUUACGUUUACGCCCACUGACAUUAUUGAGUGAUAACACCGUUUGUAAACAAAAGUCUUCUUUGUGUUUGACCCACGACAUUUUUCACAACUUGUGUGAACAUGCCCCGAAAAAAUAUUAAUGUAGAGAAACUGUGCCAAGAAUGUUUUAGUACAAAAUACAUUUAUUGUCUUUUGAUAAGAUUUCUAUGAAUGGACAUUACACAAUAGUGUAGAGACGUCUGAAAAGCACUUUGGUUACAAGAGAGAGAAUCGUUGCAUCUGUGAUUUGUGCCUGUAAUAAACACUCAUAUAAUUUGUUCAAAAA